AAAAUUUUAGACAAUACAAAUUGGAAAGAAAUUGGCGUUAGUUAAUUAGAAAGUCAUUAUUAGUGUAUGCUAAAAAUAUUGUAAAAACUUAAAGAAAACGUCCAAGAAACUAUACCAACGUUCCAAGACAAACUUAUUUAGUUAUGGUUAAGAAGAAACGUCAAUCUGAUGUACAUGAUAAUGGUUCAUCGACUGAUUCAUCCGAAGGUGCGCUGCAGAGUCCAACAUCCGGCAUUGGAGUUUGUCAGCAUGUGAAAAAAUCUGUUGAUACUACAAAAUUGCGCAAAGUACUAAAAGCAAGUGGUCUGGCUGCGGACUGCAUGCAAUGCUCCAAACAGGGCGCUACUUCACCUGCUGAGGAAGUUAAGGAGUCAAUUCUGGAUGAUUCGCUAAGCGGUUUCGAGUAUGACACCACACUUUGGUUAUGUCUUAAGUGUGGUUCCCAGCUUUGUGGACGGUCAAGAAAUCAGCACGCUUUGCAGCAUUACAAAACACCUCACUCCGAUUCACAUGCGCUCACUAUGAACACGCGUACGUUUGAAAUAUGGUGUUACGAUUGCGAUAACGAAGUUAAAUCAAAUUCUCGUAAAAAUCUAUUGGAGUGUGUUGAAAUGGUAAAGAAAGCUGCGCAAAAACCAAUACCCAUUGCAUCACCCGCGGAAAACACACCACUUAAUAACAUAGAAGGAAAGAUACUAUCGACUUGGGAAUCUUUGCGUCCAUUAGUUGAGACUCAAGCAGUGAGUGUAACAAAUAAGCCAAUACCGCUGCCGCCGCCACCACCGCCACCCAUACCAGGUAUGGCAAAGCGAAUAACAGAUCCAGCCGUGGUAUCUGCACCCGUAGUUACCAAUAAACAAGCCGACACAUACGACCUGCAAACAGUAGAAACACUGCCGCGUGUGCGUGGCUUAACAAAUCUGGGCAACACAUGUUUCUUCAAUGCAGUUAUGCAAUGUUUGGCUCAAACACCCUAUCUGCUAGAUGUGCUCAAGGAGCUAUCAGAGCCCGGCGAAGAAUUCACUUUACCAGGCGGUACUUUUAAAUUCAAAGACGACGAAGAUGUGCACUUGCCAAUGAUCAAAGGUACCUUGUCAUCGUGGGGUGGACUUACAGCGGCACUCGCGCAGGCUUUGGAAGAGCUGCAAUCAAGCGGCGGUGUUUUUACGCCCAGCAAGCUCUUCGAUAAGCUUUGCACAAAAUGUCCACAGUUUCGUGGCGGCGAUCAGCACGAUUCCCAUGAGUUACUACGCCAUUUACUGGAGAGCGUCAGAUCUGAGGACUUAAAGCGCUACCAGCGUGUAAUUUUAACCAAUCUGGGCUACAAGGAUCAGGAUAUAAACAGUGUGUCUGAGGAAAUGCGCCAGAAAUGUAAAAUAUAUGGCAAUCAAGCAGCUGAUCGUAUACUUCGCCCCGAGCAAGUUUUCCGCGGCUUUUUAGUGUCCACGCUUACUUGCCAAGAUUGCUAUAAUGUGUCCUCACGGCAUGAGUACUUCUUAGACAUGUCAUUGCCGGUUAGCGUUGAAAAGCCACAGCCACCAUUCAGACGUAAGACCAGCCCUGAUAAUUCGCCAAGCGCAAGCUCAUUUUACUUAAACACACCGCCUGCCGGACCCUCCAAAGCGCAAUUGAAAAAGGAAAAGGAGAAGGAGCGCAAAGCCAAACGAGCCGCCAAACAUCACGAAAACAAAUUGAAACAGAAGGCAAUAUUGGAGAAUGCGACUGGCGGCGCUACUGAAGUUACGCAAACAGCGGCUUCCGAAAUGGAAUGUAUUAGGCGUGCGAACGGCGCGGCAUUUUCCUCAUCCGGAUCUUCUUCUGAACAAUCCGACGCUGACGUGGAAGACAACCUGCUCGAUGACAACGCGGCCACGAAAUUAGCGCGAACUGCAGGCGCCAACAGUUACGACAGCAACGGUAACAAGCAGUUACCGCGCACUGGCAAAUCAGAGAAACGCGACGACUCACCCGAGAAUAUGGACAAAGACUCACUAGAUGAAGACGAAAACGAUUCAGGCAUCGCCAAUAGUCCCGCUAAUGCAGGCACCAACUUUUUACCCUCUUCCGAAACGAAUGGCGGUGCCGUUAGUGGUGAUGCGCACAGCGUAACCGCGAACAAUAGUUUGGUAGCGGUUGGUCUUAGCGAAAAAGGUGCCACGAUGAUGCGACAACUCUCCCUUACCGAUGCAGCCAAUGCGGCCAGCGCGGCAGGCAUUUUCGUGAAUGGCGAAAUGAAAGACGAAGCAGCGCUGGCUGCACAACUGGAACAGCUUAAACUAAGCGAGCAAAAGGCAGCGCGCAUGAAGGCCAAGCGAGUGCGCACUCAAAGCCAUUCCGAUUGGAGCACGACCAUAGCGCCGCGUUAUCAAUGCGAAGACGGCGAGUGCUCCGUGCAAUCAUGCCUGAAUAAUUUCACCGGCGUUGAGUUGAUGACGGGCAACAACAAGGUUGGUUGUGAAAAUUGCACCAAACGCAUUAACGGUAGCGAUCCGAAAGCCAAGACCAUCAAUACGAAUGCGACCAAACAGUUUCUAAUAUCUAGUCCGCCAGCUGUAUUAAUACUACAUUUGAAACGUUUCCAACUCGGGCCGCGCUGCAUAUUCCGCAAGCUAACACGCGCCGUCAGCUUCCCCAUGGUACUAGACAUAGCGCCCUUCUGCGGUUCCAAAGUAAAAAAUUUGCCAAAUAUCGAUCGCAAACAAAAGAAACUUUUAUACGCGCUUUACGGUAUUGUCGAGCAUUCGGGCGGCAUGUACGGCGGCCAUUACACCGCCUAUGUAAAAGUGCGUCCGAAACUUUCGCGUGACGACAAACGCUGGAAAUUCUUGCCACAAGGCAGCAAAGCCGAACUCGAUCAAGACGACGAACAGCGCAAGAAACUCGAGGAGCUCUUGGCCAAAGAGAAGGCGCGCGAAUUGCGCAUGAAGGCCGCCAACGACAGCGAUGACUUCUCCAACAGCAGUGACUGCUCAUCAACAACAACAAGCACUUCCGAUACAGACGAGCUGCCUGACGCCCCAGCAGACAGCGGCGGCGCUUACGGCGGCGACGAUGAGGCGCGCGAUGUGCAAGUGCCCAAGGGCAAGUGGUAUUAUGUGUCCGAUUCACGCGUGCAAGAAGUCAACGAAGAGGCGGUGCUGCGUGCACAGGCUUAUCUGUUGUUCUACGAACGUAUUUAUUAAAAAUAUUCUACCGAAAUUAUGCAACUAAACAAAAGAGAUAAAAAUGAAGAAAAAUAGACAAGCAACGAUGUUGAUAGUCAUGCAUUACUCGUAGUAUGAUGACCAUAACCACAAUAAGUGCGUUUUUGACAGACGCAAUGUACACCUCAAUUUAAGCGAAACAAACUAAAAGUAAAAACCAACAACAAAAACAACAAAAAACACUACAAUAAUGUAAUGAAGCUAUUAAAGCAGAAAUUUUGAAAUUAUAAACAUAGGCUAGAAAGUAGAAAGGCAAGCAAACCACACGCGAAAAUGUCAAACAGCUGGCUUGCAGCGCCGCCGCCGCCGCCUCAGCAGCAGCGCAGUAAGGCAUAAAUGCAGCGUAGUGCAACACUUAACGCGGCACAGACGUGUGUAGCAUAAUUCAUACGAAAGAUUUUAGCACCAAUAACUGUAUUUUGUGUCAAAAGUGCA